UAAAUAAACGGUUUUUGUGGGCGAGUCACGUAAGGGCAUCAGUGAAGCCUUGUAGCUUUGCGGCCCUAUUUGUGAUCGCCUCUGGUCCCACAUCGGCAGCUAAUCGCUAUCAUCCCUCCGCCAUGGCUAAGUGUACAUCAUACUGUGCUCUAGAUGUCGCGGGGUUUUUGCUUUUAUUUGUGCUCGAAGGACUGUUAUGGUUUGGCGUAGUUCCACCGUUAAAGCGAACAGUGUACUGUCACGACCAGACGAUACAGCAGCCGCUCAGACCACAGACUAUCAGCAUCGUGGCUUUGUUGGUCAUCGUUUUCGCUAUAGCCGCACUGAUUAUCGUGGUGGAAAUCUUGUUUAAGAGAAACCAAGAUAAACACAACGAGGAGGUGCUGAAGUUCGCAUGUUUACCUCUCAGGCCCUGGCACAGAAGACUUUUGUUCAUCACAGCUAUGUACUUCUAUGGGGGAACAGUCGGCAUGUUUUUUACCGAUCUGGUCAAACGCAUGGUAGGGCGUCUGCGGCCAAACUUCCUGGCAAUAUGCACACCCCAUGCCCACCUGAACUGCACACAACCAAUAAGCGACUCUGACUGCACAGGCGACCCCUUUUGGAUCUCCCAGGGAAGGACUUCUUUUCCCUCUGGCCAUUCUUCCAUCAUAACGUUUUGCGCCGUGUUUUUUGCGCUUUACGUAGAAACACGUAUCCGCACGAGGCGCACUGCUCUGCUCAAGCCUUGUGUGCAGAUUCUCGCCCUCGGGCUGGCAGUAUUCGUGUCCAUGUCACGUGUUUAUGACUUCUACCAUCACGUGACUGACGUGCUGGCCGGAAUGGCGAUUGGUGCUACUGUUGCCGUCUACAUAGUUUUGAAACCCCUUGAAUUGUUUGAUCAAUCUGACCCCGCCAGAUGUCAACAUGGAAAAAAUAACAAUUACCUGACAGAGUGCGCGCCAUACGACGAAAACACGGCACCACUGGAACAUCAAGUUUAGAGACACAUCAAACACUACGUGUUUCGAAAUGCGCACAUUCAAGCUUAAAGGGGACAUGUCAUCCGCUACGCAUUUAUUGAGCGCAUGUAGUUUUCGCAAAGGCUUAAAUUUCCCGAUGUUUCAAGUGGGGGGCUCUUUUCGUAUCCUAUUGUUUCAUCAGAGCGGCUCUACCCCCCUAGAUCCGCUCGUGUUUAUCGCCUGGAUUCUGUGAGUGGCCUAGCAACGGAUGAAAAUAGACACAAGUUUUUGCGUGGGGUCUUGACUCCCGCGUGCCGAGCUAAACGUAAGAAACCAUAUUAUCAUUCUUUCAAAAAAUAAAAUAUAGCGCUUCAUUCCUGCAAGAAGCAAGUGAAAAAAUAACCCAAAAAAUGGCCAAAGCCCAGCAACAAUAAAAUGCCCUGUAUUACUAUAACCAGAAAAGUUAGUGCCACCACAGCUUUUCAAAUGUUUUUUUUUUUGUAAAUUUAGCUUACUUAUAGCUGUAUGGUUGAUCAUGAAUGGAAAAAGACAAUGAGAAAGCCUCCUUCCGCGCUCCUCAGUGGAAGAAUGCCGGACCAUGUACUGGCCGAUAAAGAAGGAGCUACGCUAAAUCCACCUGAUUUUAUUUUGACGACUGAGUGACAGGAGAGGAGGAAAUUGAACGUGUAAGCCUUGGCUAAAAAGUACACUCUAAUUUUCUUCAAAAUCAUCACCCAAAAUCCCGUCGAUAUACCUGUCCCUUAGUCCCAUUAAACGACAUGUUGCCAAUCUUUCUAGAUUUUCACGUGAUCUUACAGUAAUCUAAUGAUGGACUAACCCCCUCCCUAUGUAAGAACAAUUAUUCCAUCGUAUUCGUAUAGCACGUGUACAUAGUUUUCCCUUGAAUCCUUCGAUGUGUGCGAAUCUCAAGCAAAACUCUCCCUCGUUGAAGAGAUGUCUAUCUGAAAUGUAAUCCCCUGGGCCACUGUAAUGACCGUAAGCCCGCUAAAUUGACAAAUCACUUGAAUAAAAAGUGCCGAACAA